AUGGUGCUUUUCGUCGUCGUCGUGAGUAACAUCUUCAUCUGCUUCGUGUUGCUCGACGAAGCGCCCUCCGUGCCGCUGCUCUCCCGCGCGGGGAAAGGCGGCGGCGGCGGCCUAGGCAGCGGGGGUCGCGGGAGGGAGAGGGGGGGAAGCGGUGGCGAGGGGAGGAGGCAUCCGCGGGUAGCCGCGCACAAGCUCACUCCGGCGGAGAUUGAAAUGCUGGAGAUGCGGAAACAAAAUUUUGAUGGCAGCAGCAGCAAGGAGGGCUUCAUCCAGUUCAGCGCGUACCGCAUCACCCCUCUCCGCGUGGUCGCCAUGGGCCUCAUGCCGCUCACACACCAUGACGUCAUCACUGCCCAGCACUGCUGGUGGGAGUCAGCCAAUGGGCAGUGGACAGAUGGCGCCAUCUCAGUGAAGUUCCCCGGGGAGCACCAUGCACGCGCGUACGAGUGCGUGCUUCUAUACUGCGACCUGCAGCGACCUGUCAGCUCUAUUCAAUAUAGGUGUGUGUAUUCCCUCUUCCUCGCCUCAAUCAACCUUUUCCUCGUCAGGGUGGGCGGCACACUCAAGAUGGCGGUGGACCAGCAGGACCUGGUCGUUUACAAGGAGAGCCCCGGCACGCCCGAGCCUCCGCCGGAGGUUCGGGAGGACGUGCGGAUGUUUGAGCGCAACCUAACGUACUGCUCCGCGCCCAUGUUUGGGGUGAUUGACACGCAGCGGCUGCUGGAGUGGAUCGAGUUUCAUAGAUCGGUUCACGGUGUUGAUUAUCUACGCAUGUACGAUGCAGGGGCCAUGGAUGAUGACGUCAUGGCAGCUCUGAGGCCGUACCUGAGGGCGGGCAUCAUGGAUAUCACCGACAUCAGAGGGGCAGCACUCUAUGACACAUGGAGCUAUGCGCAGGUGGGUAAGGCUGAGUUGAGAUGGGGGGGGCGAGGUUCUCAUGGUGAACGACUGUGCUCUCAGGUCUCGACAACUCACCCGGUAACUUCCGUCGCCCUUUCUCUCCCUCACCCUCUCCCUCACCCUCUCCUUCACCCUCUCUUUCACCCUCUCUCUCACCCUCUCUCUCACCCUCUCCCUCACCCUCUCUCUCACCCUCUAUCUCACCCUCUCUCUCACCCUCUCUCUCGCCCUCUCUCACCCCCUCCCUCAUCCCCCCUCGCAUCCUCUCUGUCUAGCGUGGGUGCUAUUCAUGGACGUGCAAGAGUGCAUGCACGUGAUGGAGCUGCCCCACUCCAGCGAUGGCACUCGCACCACACCAUGUGUUCCAUAUCCCCUCCCUUCCCCCCACCCACUAGAUGGGUGCUAUUCAUGGACGUGCAAGAGUGCAUGCACGUGGUGGGGUCACCACACUCAACUGGGUGCUCGUCCGUGCCCUCCAUGUCAGCUGGGUGCUCGUCCGUGCCCUCCAUGUCAGCUGGGUGCUCGUCCGCGCCGUGCCCUCCAUGUCAGCUGGGUGCUCGUCCGUGCCGUGCCCUCCAUGUCAGCUGGGUGCUCGUCCGUGCCCUCCAUGUCAGCUGGGUGCUCGUCCGUGCCCUCCAUGUCAGCUGGGUGCUCGUCCGUGCCGUGCCCUCCAUGUCAGCUGGGUGCUCGUCCGUGCCCUCCAUGUCAGCUGGGUGCUCGUCCGUGCCCUCCAUGUCAGCUGGGUGCUCGUCCGUGCCCUCCAUGUCAGCUGGGUGCUCGUCCGUGCCGUGCCCUCCAUGUCAGCUGGGUGCUCGUCCGUGCCCUCCAUGUCAGCUGGGUGCUCGUCCGUGCCCUCCAUGUCAGCUGGGUGCUCGUCCGUGCCCUCCAUGUCAGCUGGGUGCUCGUCCGUGCCCUCCAUGUCAGCUGGGUGCUCGUCCGUGCCCUCCAUGUCAGCUGGGUGCUCGUCCGUGCCCUCUAUGUCAGCUGGGUGCUCGUCCGUGCCCUCCAUGUCAGCUGGGUGCUCGUCCGUGCCGUGCCCUCCAUGUCAGCUGGGUGCUCGUCCGUGCCCUCCAUGUCAGCUGGGUGCUCGUCCGUGCCCUCCAUGUCAGCUGGGUGCUCGUCCGUGCCGUGCCCUCCAUGUCAGCUGGGUGCUCGUCCGUGCCCUCCAUGUCAGCUGGGUGCUCGUCCGUGCCCUCCAUGUCAGCUGGGUGCUCGUCCGUGCCCUCCAUGUCAGCUGGGUGCUCGUCCGUGCCCUCCAUGUCAGCUGGGUGCUCGUCCGUGCCCUCCAUGUCAGCUGGGUGCUCGUCCGUGCCGUGCCCUCCAUGUCAGCUGGGUGCUCGUCCGUGCCCUCCAUGUCAGCUGGGUGCUCGUCCGUGCCCUCCAUGUCAGCUGGGUGCUCGUCCGUGCCCUCCAUGUCAGCUGGGUGCUCGUCCGUGCCCUCCAUGUCAGCUGGGUGCUCGUCCGUGCCCUCCAUGUCAGCUGGGUGCUCGUCCGUGCCCUCCAUGUCAGCUGGGUGCUCGUCCGUGCCCUCCAUGUCAGCUGGGUGCUCGUCCGUGCCCUCCAUGUCAGCUGGGUGCUCGUCCGUGCCGUGCCCUCCAUGUCAGCUGGGUGCUCGUCCGUGCCCUCCAUGUCAGCUGGGUGCUCGUCCGUGCCCUCCAUGUCAGCUGGGUGCUCGUCCGUGCCCUCCAUGUCAGCUGGGUGCUCGUCCGUGCCGUGCCCUCCAUGUCAGCUGGGUGCUCGUCCGUGCCCUCCAUGUCAGCUGGGUGCUCGUCCGUGCCCUCCAUGUCAGCUGGGUGCUCGUCCGUGCCCUCCAUGUCAGCUGGGUGCUCGUCCGUGCCCUCCAUGUCAGCUGGGUGCUCGUCCGUGCCCUCCAUGUCAGCUGGGUGCUCGUCCGUGCCCUCCAUGUCAGCUGGGUGCUCGUCCGUGCCCUCCAUGUCAGCUGGGUGCUCGUCCGUGCCCUCUAUGUCCCCCCACCCAUCAGGUGGGUGCUAUUCAUGGGCGUGGGUGCUAUUCAUGGGCGUGGACGAGUGCAUUCACGUGGUGGAGCCAUGUCAGUCUCCUAUCCAUGUGUGUGCUACGAGUGCCAUACAUACCAUACACCCCCUCCCUCACAGGUGGGUGCUAUUCAUGGACGUGGACGAGUACAUUCACGUGGUGGAGCCGCCUCACUCGCUGCUCGUCUUUCUCAACUCAGUGCCCGCCAUUCCCUGGCUCUCCUUCGGAUCCCUCACCUUCCCCCUCGACAUCUGCGGCAAGAUACAGGAGGCGGGGUGGGAGCCAUGGGCAGUGGAGCAGCUGGUGUUUCGCGAGCCGGUGCCGCACUGCAAGGAGCCCACCAAGUACUACAGUCGUGACGCAUGCCUCAAGUGGGACGGCCACCGCAAGUACGUGGUCAACCCACGGGCAGCGCAGGUGCUGCAGAUUCACCGUGUCUACGAGCUCAAGCCCGCCUAUGAUGCCAAUGCCCCCCCUGACGCUGCUGCUGCUGCCUCUGCUCAAGCUGCCGCUGCCCUUCUGGCCACUUCCGGCAGGGAAGAGGGUAACAUCCAUACCCUCCUGUUGUGCUUCAUCCCUUCCUCCGUCUUUUCUCUCCUGUGUUUUCUCGCCCACCGUUUCCUCCAUCUUAUUCCUCCCUUCAUUCCUCUGUGUCUCCCCCUUUCUUUGUUCCAACUCCCCCUUUCCCUUCUUCCUUUCCUUUCUCCCUUCCUCCCUCCUAUCUUCCCCUCUUCCCCCCUCACGUCUUCUACGUCCAUCCUCUUCUCUCCAUCCCCCCUCCUUGAUCCAAAGCUGCCUGAUCAUUUAUCUGCCUCCCUCCUCCCUCUUCCUGUCGCUCCCUUCCCCUGUGUAUGUGUCCCCCGCCUCCGCCUCUCAACCUUUCUCUCCAUUCCCCCCUGUCUCCAUGUUUACCCUCCCCUCAUUCUUCUUUCCCGUCCUCCCCACCCUCCGCCCCUUCACCUUUCGAAUCCCAACCUAUUCCCCUCCACCCCCCCCUCCCCUCCUUGA